AUGGGAGAACAUCCCAAAGCAACAGCAGACAGCUACCACGAAAUUGGCAAGACUUAUUUCUGUCUAGAAGAUAACCGCGCAGCUCUUCAGUCGCACCUACGCGCAUUUCGUUUGAGGUUAGAAGUAUUAGGUGAGCAGCACACUGACACUGCCAACAGCUGCUGCGAAAUUGGGGUCACGCAGUUUGAAAUGGGAUGGUAUGCCUCCGCUCUUCAGUAUCACACUCGCGCACUGAACAUGAGACAGACAAUGCAUGGCAACUCGCAGCAUUCAGAGGUUGCUCAAAGUUUCUAUCAGUUAGGACGCGUGCAAUGUCAGAUGGAAAACUUUGACGAGGCUGUCAAUUCUCUUAGCCGAGCACUUUCGAUUAGAAAAGGUCUAAAGCAAGAACAAGACCUUGAAGCAGCCGAAGUUUAUUACGAAUUAGGGAAGGUGUUUAUUCACAAGGAAGACUUCACAUCAGCGUUUGAAAUGCAUCAGCUUGCUCUUGGAAUCCGCAAGAGUCGAAUGGGUGAAGGACACGCAUCAGUAGCCGACAGUCUCUUUCAGCUGGGUCUGGUAGAGUGGAAACAAGGGAGACAUGAGGAGUCACUUCAGCUGCAUCGAAGAGCAGCAGAUAUCAGGGAGAAAUACUUUGGCAAGAAGCACCAUAGAACGGCCGAAAGUUAUUUCCAGCUUGGGCUGAUGCUUUCUGAGUUGAAACGCCACAUUGAAGCCCUAACAUUACACCAACAGGCACUAGAAAUAAGGCAGAAAUGGUUGGGUUGUAUGCACAGCUCAUUAGCUGAAAGUUACCUCGAGACAGGCUGCGCCUUAAUUAAUGUUGGUCAGUUCGGUUCAGCGUUCAGUUCACUUGAGAAUGCUCUGACGAUAAGGACUCAGAUAGUGGCACACCGUAAUUUUUAGGGAGUUAUUAUAACUCCAAAAAUGGAGUAAAAAUUUUAGGUACAGGAUAACCCCAUUUUUGGGGUUAUUUUAACUCCUAAUUUAACUCCGAAUUUGGGGUCAUUUUUACUCCUGAAAAAGAGUUCUUUUUACUCCCAGUCUGGAGUUAAAAUUACUCCGAAAUGGGGUUACUUGUACUCCUUACAUGGGUUGUUUUUACUCUUUUUGGAGUUAAUUUAACUCUGAAAGUGGAGUAAAAAUUUUAGGUACAGGAUAACUCCUUUUUUGGGGUUAUUUUAACUCCUCAAUAUCUGGGGUCACUUUUACUCCUGAAAAAGAGUUCUUUAAACUCCUUUUUGGAGUUAAAAUAACUCCACGAAAAAUAACUCCACUGUAAGGAGUUAAAUUAGCCCAACUAGAGGAGUUAUUAUAACUCCCUGAAAAUUACAGUGCAAAAGAAGAUGAGGAGGUAGCUGACUUACCCCAUGAAAAGAAAGUGAAGGAAUUACUAUUGCAAGAUUACCAGUUAUCUCUUCAGUUGUACAAGCGUGUAUCGACGAUUAUUCAUGAUCAUUCUUCAAGUGUUCGGUCACAGAAUAAUUCACUAAAGGAGCUACUUGGUAGAUUUGAGGGCCAACUAAUAAAAAAAGCCAACUGUUACUUUGACGUUGGUGAGGAAGAGUUGAGUAGAGGUAAAUUUGAUGCAGCCCUUCAUGCACACCAGCGAGCCCUGAAUUUUAGAGUGACGCUACUAGGUGAGAACCACAGAGAUACAGCCUCCAGCUUCUUUUCAAAAGGAAAAGUGCACCUUGAAAUGAUAGACUAUACUCAAGCUUUGAAAUCACACCAGAGAGCUCUUGAAAUAAGACGUAAAAUACUCGUGGAUAAUCAUCCUCACACAGCUGACAGCUAUGCUAACAUUGGAAUGACACAAAAAGAAUUGGGACACUAUACUUCAGCCCUUCAAUCAUACAAGCGAUCACUUGAAAUAAGACGUAAAACACUUGGGGAGAACCACCUAGACACUGCUAACAGCUAUAGAGGCAUUGGAACUGCACAUCAGAAUCUGGAAAACUAUGAUUCAGCGCUUCAGUCAUUUCAGCAAGCACUCAAAAUACGCCGUGAAAAACUUGGAGACAACCACCCAAAUACAGCAGACCGCUAUGGAGACGUUGGGAACACCUUGGGAGACUAA